AUGUCUGCCUCCGUCUUACGAUACUGGCGGGAGUCAGCUAGUUUAAUCCUUGUAGGAAAAGCAGCGGCUGCAGUCGCCACUUCAACUCCUACUACACUAACGUCACAGUCACAAGAAAACGACAGAAAUGUAAACACGGCGAAUUACAAAAUUCUCAUGCUGAAACGCAGUUCCAGAAUGUCUUUCUUUCCUAAUUUCUACGUAUUUCCAGGCGGUGCCGCUGACGAUGCAGAUUUCUCCUCGGAAUGGUUAGACAUCCUUGGUCCAAGCUUUUGUUCGACAACUGGCCCCUACUCACCCCGUGAAUCCUUGUUCCGUCUUUUCUCUCGGGAGACUAAAGAUAAUAGAAGGGCGCCUAUUUUAUCCCGGAAAAGAGACCCGAAGUACAGUGUGAUCCCCAGCGAUAUAGCAUUCCGUAUUUGCGCUAUCAGGGAAACCUUUGAAGAAACGGGAAUACUUUUAGCCUACAAAGCUAAAUCUAACGCCACCCUAGAGCAAAAUAAUAACCCGAACAGUGAAGGUAAUUCAGAAGUAACUCGACGAUGCACAGCUAAAUUAUGCGAUUUGCCGGCGGAGCAGUUGAAUGAAUGGAGACAUUGUGUUCUGAAGAAGUCUGAUAAUUUUUUGAAAAUGUGUCGCGAACUCAACCUUAUUCCAGAUUUGACUGCAUUAUCCGAGUGGUCAAAUUGGUUAACUCCAACGACAACCAACAAAAGUAGAUCAAAAAAACGCUUCAAUACCAUUUUCUUUAUCAGUUUUGUUGACUACUUGCCGAAUGUUAUUAUUGAAGCACACGAGUCAACGAGUCAUAUGUGGCAAACACCAAAUGAGUACUUUACACAGGUCGCAGAUGGAUCUAUUUACUUAGGUCCCCCACAGAUGUAUGAAUUGAACUACAUGAAUUUCCGUAGCUGGGAGACAUUUCACGAUGAUGUAGAACAACAUCCUCAUUUUCAUGCCUCACAAUGGAUGUCAGUGGAAGUAAAAUGCAAGGAUGGAUCAUUGUUUCUUUUCCCAGGUGAUGACAAAUAUCCAAAAGAAGUUAAUUUUGAACAUGGGGUUGGUCAGUUAUCAUCUCACAGAAUUCUUGAGAGAGUUUCUUUGUCUUCGUCAUUUUGGUAA